AUGGCCAGAGCUUACUUAGCAUUGCUUCAAUUUCUCUGUGUUCUUAUCACUCAAUUAUUAUGUGGAGCCAGCAGCCAACCAGAAUUUCUGGAUCAUUAUUGCAGCAACAGCAGCAACACAGCAAAUAUCACCUACCAGACCAACCUCAAUACCCUUUUAUCAAAUCUCGGUUCCGACACACAAAUAAAUUGUGGCUUCCACAAUCUCUCAUAUGGUAGUUAUCCAAAUACAAUAUAUGCUGUUGGGUUAUGCAGGGGAGAUGUUAUGUCAGACUUUUGCCGUAGCUGCCUCAAAAAUUCAUCAGUCCUGCUGCCAGAGCUCUGUCCAAAUCAGAAGCAAGAUAUUGGGAUGUACGAUGAGUGCAUGUUAUCUGUCACGGCUCGCUAUAACAAUGAUGAAAAUGAUCGUAAUAUUCCCCUUUAA